GAGCUUCAGAAUACAGCAGUACGUUGAACGUAAAGCAUCUGUGCAGGCGUGAUCUAUUUCACGGCGACUUUUUACCACAACUCUCUACCCAAUCUACAUCUUACGUGCAGUAGUUUUGUCUUUAAUUCACCAGCGUAUUAAUCUACAGACAUUUUUAAAAUGGCUGAUGUCAAGGAAGUAAAGACCGAAUCAAUGGAAACUGCCGAAGAGGUUGAGACCUUCGCUUUCCAGGCUGAGAUCGCCCAGUUGAUGUCCCUCAUCAUCAACACUUUCUACUCCAACAAAGAGAUUUUCCUCAGAGAAUUGAUCUCCAACUCGAGCGAUGCCCUGGACAAAAUUCGAUAUGAAUCUCUUACUGACCCAACCAAGCUUGAAUCUGGCAAGGACCUAUAUGUCAAAAUCAUCCCCAACAAGAAUGACCGCACUCUCACCAUCAUUGACACUGGUAUUGGUAUGACCAAAGCCGACCUGGUAAACAACCUUGGUACUAUUGCCAAGUCUGGUACCAAAGCUUUCAUGGAAGCCCUUCAAGCUGGAGCUGACAUCUCUAUGAUUGGUCAAUUUGGUGUUGGUUUCUACUCAGCUUACUUGGUCGCAGACAAAGUUGUCGUAGUUUCAAAGAACAACGAUGAUGAACAGUACGUUUGGGAAUCCAGCGCUGGUGGUUCCUUCACUGUUCGCACUGACACUGGCGAACCAAUUGGUCGUGGUACCAAGAUCAUCCUCCACAUCAAGGAAGAUCAAGCUGAGUUCUUAGAAGAGAGCAAGAUCAAAGAGAUUGUCAAGAAACACUCUCAAUUCAUUGGUUAUCCGAUCAAGCUUGUUGUACAGAAAGAGCGUGAAAAGGAAUUAAGCGAGGAUGAGGAAGAAGAAGAAGAAAAGAAAGAGGAGGAGGAUGAAUCCAAACCUAAAAUUGAGGAUGUAGGUGAGGAUGAAGAAGAAGAUGCUGACAAAGACAAGGACAAGAAAAAGAAGAAGAAGACUAUCAAAGAAAAGUAUGAAGAAGAUGAAGAACUCAACAAGACCAAGCCUAUCUGGACCAGAAAUCCUGAUGACAUCUCUCAGGAAGAGUAUGGUGAAUUCUACAAGUCCCUUACCAACGACUGGGAAGAUCAUUUAGCUGUCAAACACUUCUCUGUGGAAGGACAGUUGGAAUUCAGAGCUCUGCUCUUUGUUCCAAGACGUAUGCCAUUCGAUCUCUUUGAAAACAAAAAGAAGAAGAACAACAUCAAAUUGUACGUCCGCAGAGUCUUCAUCAUGGACAACUGUGAAGAUCUGAUUCCAGAAUACUUGAACUUCAUGAAGGGAGUUGUCGACAGCGAAGAUCUUCCAUUGAACAUUUCUCGUGAGAUGUUACAACAAAACAAGAUCCUCAAAGUCAUCAGGAAGAACUUGGUCAAGAAAUGCUUGGAACUUUUCGAGGAAUUGGCUGAGGACCCAGAGAACUACAAGAAGUUCUACGAACAGUUCAGCAAGAACUGCAAACUUGGAAUCCACGAAGACAGCAGCAACCGCGCAAAAUUGGCAGACUUGCUCCGUUACAACACAUCAGCCUCUGGUGACGAGGUUUGCUCUCUCAAGGACUAUGUUGGUAGAAUGAAGGAGAACCAGAAACACAUUUACUUCAUCACUGGUGAAAGCAAAGAACAAGUUGCCAACAGCUCCUUCGUUGAACGUGUCAAGAAGCGUGGAUUCGAAGUCAUCUACAUGACUGAGCCAAUCGAUGAGUACGUCGUCCAACAGAUGAAAGAAUAUGAUGGCAAGCAGCUGGUUUCUGUCACCAAGGAAGGUUUGGAGUUGCCUUUGGAUGAGGAGGAGAAGAAGAAGCAGGAGGAAGACAAAGUCAAGUUCGAAGAACUUUGCAAAGUCAUGAAGACCAUUUUGGACAACAAAGUUGAGAAAGUUGUUGUAUCAAACCGAUUGGUUGACUCACCCUGCUGCAUCGUCACCUCUCAAUAUGGCUGGACCGCUAACAUGGAGAGAAUCAUGAAGGCUCAGGCUCUUCGUGACACAUCGACCAUGGGAUACAUGGCAGCCAAGAAACACCUGGAAAUCAACCCAGACCAUCCAGUCAUCGACAACCUCCGACAGAAAGCUGAGGCUGACAAGAACGACAAAGCUGUCAAGGACUUGGUUGUACUUCUGUUCGAGACUGCUCUUCUGUCAUCUGGCUUCACUCUUGAUGAGCCCCAGGUUCAUGCUUCCCGCAUCUACAGAAUGAUCAAGCUGGGUCUUGGCAUCGACGACGAGGAGCCCGUGGUUGAGGAAAGCAAACCUGAAGAAGCCGCACCCGUUGAGUGCAGCGAGAACGACGCUUCACGCAUGGAAGAAGUUGACUAAAUUUUAGUAGCUUAAAUUUUUAAACUUUAGCUUAACUAUUUAUUACACGUUUUUAAUUUUGAAUUAAUACGAAGACCUACAUUAUAAGUAACGGAAAACGACCGCGUUUUAAGUGGUGUAUUACUAAGUAUUUACGUCAUGACGGAAAAUUACGCGUAUUCUACUGUCUUUUAUUAGUUUGAUAUUUUAUUAAUGUGUUUAAAAUCUUCAUUCCUUACUUUUGCCAAGUAAGAUACAAAUCACCAAAUAUUCAUUCUUUUGACCAUUAAAUAAAAGAGUUUUUCAUCAU